CAACGAGCAUCACAAGACGGCCAACCGCGUUGCCGAGCAGACGAGUCCAGGAUUCAGGAAUCCAACUUUUCCAGUUAAAAAACAAAGCUAAAGUUCAGUUCAGAACCAAACCGAACGGUAAAGUUAUCGUAUAUUUGUUUUCCCAUUUCCGGUUGCAACUGUGGAGAGCCAAUAAAAGCGCAAUAAAGAAAACAGCCAGCGGCAAACAGAAGUAAAAAAAGGAGUUGAAAACGAAAAAUAACAAAACAAUAAUGUCGAUCUCCGAUUUCCGCAAAAAGAAGCUGCUUUUCCUGUUCAAUGUGUUCUUCGAUGUGAACCAAAGCGGCGAAAUCGACGUUAAGGACUUCGAGCUGGCCAUUGAGCGCGUUUGCCAACUGCGCGGCUGGCAGAAGGACACGCCGAAGAACAAGGAGACAUACGACCUGAUGAUGGAAAUCUGGACUGGUCUGCGCUCCAAGGCCGAUAAGGACAACGACGGACAGGUCAGCGUCGACGAGUGGUGCAACAUGUGGGACGCCUACGCCAAGGAUCCCAGCAGCGUGAUGGACUGGCAGAACGCCUACAUGAACUUCAUGUUCGAUCUGGAGGAUGCUUCGCAUGACGGCGGCAUCGAUGUGACCGAAUUCACCCUGGUCUGCUCCAGUUACGGCCUGGAGAAGACCGAGUGCGAGGAGGCAUUCACCAAGAUGGCUCAGGGUCAGAGCGAGGUCACCCGGGAGCAGUUUGCUGCGUUGUGGAAGGAGUACUUCGCCGCCGAGGAUGUAAAUGCGCCGGGCAACUACAUUUUCGGAAAGACCAGCUUCUAAAACCCAGCCAAAUGAGCUACGAUACUGGACAUACUGAACAAAUGCAACAAGUGAAAUUAUUAUUAAAAUAAAUAUAAUAUAUAUAUUAUAUAUCGAUAUCGAUAGGGGAGGGAGACCUCCCGGUUUUGAUGCUCCGUCGUUGUUAGUUGAGUGUUGUUUUCUCUCCAAGAAUCUCAAGUUUUGCCCAAUUCAAUGUUCUAAUUUAGUAGCGUAAUCUGUCUGUAACCUAUUUAUAUUUUAUAUAUGCUAGCUGGAGUAUCUCUAAACAAACACAUACAUAUAUGCAAAAAAAAGUGUACCUUUACGAACUACGACUAUAUCUGGCAAAAGAUAUCAAUUACGAGGUGGGAUCCCGCACAGAUCCGUAUCAAUGUGGUGCGUAAAUUAAAUCAAUUAAACUGUCAAAUUGUUAUGUGUGUGUAGUCGUCGUUUAUCGUCUCGCAUCUAUGGCGUAUAAAUUUAAAUGUAAAUGUAAAGUGUUCCAAGAAAUUACAAUAAUAAAAUCAAAGUAUCUACA